GGAACAGCUGCACACGCCGAGGGGAACCGAACCAGGCCUCGUACGCGUACUAAAUAUAGACGACGGGCCCCGCCGAGUUUCGUGGACGACCGACACCGACAACGACUGCGAUGGCGACGCACAGUCAGUGACGUUGCGGGGAUCCCUUCUGUCUAACGUCGGUUCUGUUCUCUCAGUGCGGUGACGAACACUAGUCGAAAACAAACAAAGCGAACCAAAAUUAUUAACGAAACACACAACAAUGUUCAGGUGCUAGUCGUAUUUUCAACGCAUAGUAUAAUUUUGUAUUAAUCAUUUCGUUUGUGAUCGUUUUUUCGUUUCAACAAAUAUCAAUUAUUAAAAUUAUUAUUGUCGUUCGUUUACCGUCACUGAAAUAAAUAUAUUUUUUUCGUUUGUCCGAAAUUGUCACCGGGAGUUUUUGUCCUAGUUCUCGUCUCGUCGCCAAGAGUAAAACAAUAAUCACAAUAUUAUUAUCAUGUUGAUGUCCGGCUCCAUGACUAAUCCGGACACUAGCUUGUUGGGUACGGCCGAAGGCCUGGUCGGCAGCCUGGCCAGCUUGACGGCAGUACCGGGCACCGGCGGCGGCAACAACGGCACCGGCACCGGUAGUCAACAGAAGGACACCACGUGGACCAAGCUGUUUGUCGGCGGCUUACCGUACCACACGACGGACAAAUCGCUGCGAGACCACUUCGCCGUUUACGGCGACAUCGAAGAAGCCGUAGUCAUCACGGACAGGCAGUCCGGCAAGAGCAGAGGAUACGGAUUUGUGAUUAUGGGCGACCGACCGGCAGCCGAGAGGGCAUGCAAAGAACCCAACCCGAUCAUCGACGGCCGAAAAGCCAACGUGAACUUGGCCAUUUUGGGAGCAAAACCUCGUGGCAAUUUACAACCAGCGUUCGCGUUCCCGAGUCUAAGAGCCGGAUACUCCGCUGUGUUACCUAGCCAAUUCGGGAUACCAUCAUCGUACGGAAUGUGCUCGAACGGUUUAAAAUGGGUGCAGCCGAGUUACUUGUACCAGAAUCAAGCGGCCACCGCGGCGUACUUAGGCGGCGGCGGCGUCAUGCCGCUGGCUCCUUCACACGCCGCAGCAAUGGCUGCGGCCACGUCGCAGUUUUACGAAUACCAGAACGCGGCCGCAGCCGCAGCCGCGGCCGCCGCCCUUUCGUCCUAUCCAUCGCAGUACGCUGCUGCAGCCGCAGCGGCCGCGUCCUUCGAUCCGUACACAACAGCAGCCGCAGCCGGUGCCGCCAACUACGUAACGCCAUAUUCGUACGCUGCAUUGCCCAGUUCCACAGCGGGUUUACCGACAGCGGCAAGCUCGGCCACAGCGUUCACCGGCCUGUCUCCUUACACCGCGGCCGCCGCCCAACAAGCGGCGUCAUUACAAGAAGCGCGGCUUCAGUAGCAGUGCCAACUCAAAGCCCGCGCUCUCCGUCCUAGAUUACGAAUUUUUCAAAAUCAGGGACCUCGGUAGUGCCGCAAAAGAAAACCGAAAAUGAUAUUCAUAAUCAUUUUUUAAGCGAAAAAUUGAAAAAAAAAAAAAAUCACAUACAAUUAUUGAAAUGUUUAAAUUGAAAAUACGGUAAUAUUAUACAUAGCUAUAUAUAAUAUUGAUUAUAUUUUAAUCGCGUAAACAUUGUUAUUAAUGUAAUUAUAAUAUUAUUACGAAUUUGACCUCGGAAUACCAAAAAGUUAAAGUAAACAAUUCUAUAUGUAUGUCUAUAUUUUUAGAUUGUAGAUUAUCGUAACACUUUAGUGAAUUAGUUAUCGUGUAGAGUAUUUCAAUUAAACCUAGGUAAUACUAUUGAGAACUUUUUAAAGUGGUCUUGGCCCGGUUCAGGCGUAUAGAUUUUGGAAAACUACCCACAAAGAGACGUCUGGAGGCUCUUACGGGUGUCCGGCGUCUCUAGUGCAACUACGGUUCCAAUUUAUUGAAGGGUAACCAUUAUAUAAUAUUAACAUAAAAACAAUGCUCUAUAUUUAUUAUAUAUAUUAUAUUUAUGUAUUUUAAGUAUUAUAAUAUUAAUAUAAUGAUUUUAAAACCCUUGCCUCUUAACAAUUUUCAAGAGUCGCCGUCCUCGUAAUAUAAUAAUUAAUAAUAUACAGUUUUCGGGCCUUUUACUCGCGUAUAAAACCAAAUGAUUCAUGCAUAUAUCUAUAUUAUAAAUUAUAACAUAUUUUAUACAGUGACCAAAACUGGUUAACGUAAUUAACUUACCCUGAUUAAGGGUAUACAUGCCUAUAAAUUAGUUACGACCGUGAAAUUGCAUCUCAAACGCGCAUAUUAUUAUUAUUAUUAUUUUUUUUUGUUUAGUUCAAUUUAUUCUAUUAUAUCAUACAUAUAUAUUUUAUAUAUUAUAAACAUCUUAUUUUCGAUUUUUUAUUUUAUUUGUGCAAACAAAUUAUUGUUUUAUUUAAUAUUUUAGAUUUUAAUUUACAAUUAUUUUAAUUAAGUUUAUAUAUUUAUUUUGCAAUAUCGUUUCGUGCGCUAAAGCUUAGGCAAUUCAUUUCCGGCAAUUACAUAUAAAUUCUAUUGAAGUUAGAUUUAAUCAUAUUUUUAUCCGUUCCGUAAAAUAUGAAUACAUGAUUGUGUGCCAAACAAACAUAAUGGGCAGUUUUUAAUGUGAUAUUUUUAUUUAUUUUCUAUAACCAUCCCAAAGCGAAGUGCAAAUACUAAAUAAUUAUACUUUGAAAUAAACGUACCAGCGUAAAACCGAUAGCCUAUAUUAAUUGACCAGAAAAAAGGUAUCAAUAAAUAUAAUCAAGAUAUUAUUGCAGUUUCAAUAUAUUUUUAUUCUCAAGUCUCAACAUUAAACCAAAAGAAUAUUAACAGCCCGAUAUUUAGUAAGCAGCUGAUAUACAAAACAUAAUAACGGCUACAUAAAUCAUAAUAAAAUUAAUCUAUAUUAAUAUUACUAUUUAUUUUUAUCCGCAAUUAUUAAAUUACCAUAAAAUAAAAUGUAUUUGAAUAAUUGUAAUUGUAAGGUAAAAGUAAAAUAUUUAUAUAUUAUAUUACUAAAAUGCCUAGUCUAUAACGUCAUUUUAUUUACAUUUUUUUUUUAAAUUUUUAAGUUAGUAUAAAAUUAUUAUUACAAAGAAUUUAUAUUAUAAUAUUAUUUUUUUUAUUACACAUCUAGUCAUAUGUACAAUAAGAUAAUUAUUCAAUUUUAUUUUUAAGGGUAAAAUAAUCUGUACAUGUAUUUAUAGUUAACUAAAUUUUUAUUAUUAUUAUUAUUAUUAAUUAAUAAUUAUUAUUAUUACUAUUAUUACAUACCCGUGCAUAAUUAUAAGUACAUACAUAUUAUAUUUAUAAUAAUAUUAUUAAAUAGGAUUAUAUACACGUGUAUAAUAUAAUAUUUGUUAAGGUGAUAUUGACGUCAAAACCAAUAUUAAUUGAGCACAAGGUAAUGUUAUCAAUUUGCUUACAAUUGCAAAUUGAUUACAACAUUUUUUAUUCUUCUCCGUUUGUAAUAGUAGAUAUAGCCAGAUGACGAAGGCGGCCAUUUUCCGUAAUUGCAAAUCGUACCAAUUCCGCUUAUAGAUUCGAAAACCCUUUUACACUAAACAAGAUAAUUUAAACAAUUUUAAUAAUUUUUAAAAGAAAUCUGAAUUUGUUUUCGUCUUGUUCCAAUUUUUGCAUUUACAGUUAACAGAAGUCAGAACCAUAAUAUAGCCAUCUCUCGAUGUUUUUUUUUUUACAAUACUUAUUAAAUUGUUAAAUAAAAUAUUAUCAAGCUUGUAGUUCUUUUUUGUUGAUAUUUUUUCAGUUGUCGUGUGCUUACACUCGUAUAUUUAAAAUAAUACUCAUUAAUUUUAUAAAAAUUGAAAGACUGAAGUUUGUUUGUUUUUUUUAUUAACAUUUAGAACCAGUUUUUAAUUACGAGUAGAUAGCAACUUUAGCCUUUAGAACCAUCGUUGUUGACCGGAUUAAAAUUAUUGUUCCAUUCUUACUAGUAGUUUUAUAGUAUUUUUCUAAAAGUGGGGUAUAAUAAACGAAUUUGUCUGUGUUUUUAAAUAAUAGACAAACCAUUUGAACAAUUUUGACCGGUAUAAUAACUUAGGAUUCCUUCUAUAGUUGCGUUGUCCGUGAAUCAUUACAAUUACUUAUUGUAUCUAUAAUUAUAGUCUUUACACGGUAUUGAAUAUAUUGCGAGAGAUGCUAAUAUAUGGAUGUUAAUACUAAUGAAAUAUCAAAAGGGUUCGUUAAUUUUCCCCGUCCCGACAUACCCGAAAAAAUAAAAUAAUUACCAUUAAAUAAAAUGUUUAAAGAAAAACUCAGUAAUUUCAUUUUAAUUUAUAAUAUUGAAAAAUUGCUACGUGUACAAAAAAAAAAAAGUAAAAAUUAUACAAUAAAAUAUUACGUAUAAAAAUAUGUUCAAUCUGGUGUGCCUUGUUGUAUAAACCAAAUUUUAAGUCAAGUAUAAAGUAAAUUAAUAAGAUAAAUGUAUAUGCAUUUAUAUAUGUAUAUAAUAUAUAUAUAUAUAUAUAAAAUAUAUUUUGAUAUAUAAAUGUAAAAUAAAAUAAAAAAAGUUAUAUAGUAUGAUGUUCAUUUAUAUUUAACUCGAUUGUUAUUCAUUUUGUUACCUUAAUAAUAAUUAUUAUUAUUAUUACUAACGCGGUAUAAUAUGAUGUUUUGUUUUUCGAAUGCAUUAUAAUAUAAUAUAAAUAUGAUAACGCAUGAACCGAUCCAUAACGUGCUGGAUGUGAAAAAUAUAAAACUUGAUUUAUGUGUACUUAAAACAAUUUUUGACGGAACAUAUCGAUGCUAAAUUAAUACCUAAUUUUUUUUUUACUACCCAUAUAUUUUUUUUUUUUUUGUAACUUUUAUAAUAACAUUUCAAUUAAACCGUAAUUUUACUUCGCUCGAUUAUUAAUAAUAAUAAAUCGAAUACAUAUUUUUAAAGUAAAUUUAAGUAAGAAAUAUGUAUAUUAUAAUUAUUGAUAAUGUAUACCCUCCAUAUAUUUUAAGUACCCAAUAGUCGUCUACAUUGGCGAAAAAUGUUGCCAACGGUGAAGCUAGUCAUAUUAUGGGAAAUAUUCUGGUGCACCAUGUAUAAUAUUUUUAUGUAAUAAAACGUUUAAACGUUAUAAAUAAAAUAUACUAUACAUAUUAUAUAUUAUAAAUAUAUGAAAUUAUUUAAAAAUUAUUAGUAAUGUAAGUUUUCGGCGGGGGUCGGGUUGGGCAAUUGUAAACACUAUUUUAUUUAUUUUUUUACGCAUACUAAUAAUGGGUAAUUUUCAUAAUUGAAAGCGUUUGACCCCGUAUUGAUUUGUUAGAAAACGCGAUGAAAAAUAAAAAUUAGUAUAUUAUUUUUAUGAGUAAAAAAAUUGUAUUAACGUUUGCUACGCGUGUUUACAUUAUGUCACCCUGCCCGACUCUACAUUUGGUGAUCAGUUAUAUCACAUUAGUAUGUAAAAUUAUUAUUAAGAUAAAACAAUUCAAUGAAAUUUAGUCAAUAUUAACGGUUAAUUUUAAGGCAUAUAGUUGUAUUAUAAAAAAUU